AUGGGCAAUAAAGAAGUCGUAUUAUCUGAAGAGGAAGAAAUUGAAGAAGAAGAAAAAACGAUUGAUGAUUAUGAUUUUAAUUUUACUUAUUUAUUAGACCCAAUUGAAGAAGAACAUCGUGGUAGGAAAUGUCUUGUGUUAGACCUCGAUGAGACACUUAUACAUAGUUCAUUCAAGUCAGUUGCAGAAGCAGAUUUUGUAGUACCAGUUGAAAUUGAUGGUUAUUACCAUAAUGUAUUUGUACUAAAAAGACCUGGGGUAGAUACUUUUAUGAAACGUAUGGGUGAAUUAUAUGAAAUUGUUAUAUUUACUGCUAGUCUUUCAAAGUAUGCUGACCCUGUAUUGGAUAAAUUUGACUUGCAUAAAGUUAUUCACCAUCGAUUAUUUAGAGAGGCAUGCCAUCCAUAUAAAGGAACUUAUAUUAAAGAUUUAUCAAGGUUAGGACGUGAUUUAAAGCAUGUCAUUAUACUUGAUAAUACACCUGCAAGUUAUAGCUUUCAUCCUUCAAAUGCUGUUCCUGUUUCCACUUGGUUUAAUGAUCAACAUGAUUCAGAAUUGAUAGAUUUAAUUCCUUUCCUUGAAGAUCUUUCAAAAGUAGAUGAUGUAGUUGAAGUAUUAAAUAUAUCCCUUUAA